CUCGGUCUAGCAAAUGAGAAAAUAGAGAAGUGGGGAGUCCGACGGUGAAUUUUACGUCAAGCAUGAGAUGUGGGCGUGAAGCAGGGAGAGAAAAAACACGAGGCAUUGCCGCCUUCUCUUAAUGGGGUGCACCAUUUCACUUCUCUGCGCCUCACCGCACGCGUAAAAGACGACAGGAAAAAUCACUAAUAGUUUCCGAAUAGCUGCGUUAACUAAACGGCGAUGUUCAACGCUCAGAUUUGGCUGUCUUUUCCCCUCGCAAAUAUCUAAAAUUGGCAUAUACUCCAAUGGUUUUAUUGGACGUAGGAUGGGAUUAACUUUGACCGGAAGAUAUAUUUCAUUGUUUCUUGCUGUUCAAAUAGCCUAUUUGCUGCAGGCGGUUCGAGCGGCUGGGAAAUGUGACACAGUAUUCAAAGGUUUCUCGAACUGCCUGCUUCGACUGGGAGAGAACAUGGCCAACUAUCCACAGGAGCUGGACGAGAAGGAAAACCUUCAGACCAUCUGCACUUACUGGGAUGAUUUCCAUUCAUGUGCGACCACUGCUCUGGCAGACUGUCAGGAGGGAGCCACAGAUCUGUGGGAGAAGCUGAAAAAAGAGUCCAGAAAUCUGGACUUCCGCGGCAGCCUGUUUGAACUGUGUGCGGGCGGGAACGGCGCGAGCCGAUCAACGGUUCCGUUGGGCUUAACGCUGAUCCUAACGGCACUGUCUGCUCUCGUGACGUGGCUUCAGUUUUAACCCACGGGAAAAGAAGAAAACACAAAACAACGAAAAUAAGAAAGAAAAGAGAAGAGUGGAAAAAGACAAGAAUACAAAAAAAAAAAAGAAAAAAAAAAAAGAAAAAAGAAUAAUGACGGUCAAAAUUCAUCCUCACACAAAUGGAUUUCUAUAUUUCAUCUGGAGAAAAAGACAUUUUUUUGCAAGAGACAAUGGCAAGACGAAGUCUACUGGGAAUGUUCAAGCACAUUUGCCUGACUCUGGGUCGAUUUCAUGAAAUAUUUAUCAGAUAUUGAGUUGAAAUGACGGCCUGAAUUUCUGAAAGGUCCUGGUUAGAAUCGUAGUAUUUUAUAACAUUACCGUCUGUUAUGAAUGAAUUAUUACUGUAGGCUUUUCACAUUCCUAAUGACCAUCAUGCUUAUAAAGAUAGGAAAUAUUUUCCCAUCAGUCAAACUAGACAAGAAUUGACAUUGUUUUCAGACCUAUGUUAGUUUCUAUAUUCUAUUGGUCAAUUUUUAGUUUUCAUUUAUCAAAUUUAUUUACUCAAGCCAAGUAUAUGAGUGAUGUGUGAGGGGGUUGAAUGUUUUGCUGACCCACCAAUCCAGAACAAAAUAAUCACAAUGGUAAUAAUAUAAAUAAUACUAAUAAUUCUACUACCAAUAAUAAAGAAACCUCAGGAAUGACUACAGGUAUAUAUUUAGAGGAAUACAGGAAUGUAUGAAAGCAGAGGGAAUUUUUAGAGAUUUUAUUGAGAGAAAAAUAAAUAAAAAGUACUCAAGCAUGUUAAAUAUAGCCAGGACAAGGCUGUGAGAUGAGUCCACUGUUGCCAUUCUUUUCCAGAAUUCUAUUCUAUUCACAAUAGAAAAUCUAUUCUAUUCCAUUCUGAGAAGAUUUGUCUAUUUCCAUGUAGGACACAUUCAAGUAUAAAGGUAACACUUUACAUUACAGUGUCAGUGUUACACGUGACAUAGGCUAUUACAACGUGUAUUUAGAAGCAAGCAGCUCCAAAAGAAAUGACACAUUAAGUACAAGUACUUUAUGAUUAUUACGCAGUACUAACGUAUGUAAUUACACAGUAAUAAUACUGCAAUGUAAAGUGAGGCCAGUAUUUCUCCCGACAGUACAUUAGCACGACAAUAUCCGGACCUUGAUAUGACUAGUUGGAUGAAGUGAAUUUUGCUAGCUUUAUUUGAUGUUGCCAAGGCAUAGACCACUUUCACUGCCUUCAAAAGAUGUGUAUUUUGUUUGUUUGUUUGUUUGUUUGUUUGUUUGUUUGUUCGUUUGUUCGUUUCUGGGGAUGUUGCAUAUGAAACACCUGAAUAUUCAAAAUCAUACAAGUAAAUAAGAGAUUUAUGUGAAUUGAAAAAGAGAGAUACUUUAACAGAAACCGUUUUAAAACAGAUUAUACAGGUAUAUCAAAUAGACUGCUAAAAAGAGGAAUUGAAAAAGUAUGAAAUAAAAACAGUUACUGUUUGAAAGAGA